CUUGCCGGGGCGCCCUUGUUCAUUUUCAGGCACCAUGACUGCUGAAGAGCACCAUAGGUAUGGCAUAAUUAUUUCCAAGUCCCACGGAAGACUUCGAUUUCCCUGAUAUUACGAGUUGUGUUCCUGUCUCUACUUUGCAUAGAAAGCAAAUAUAUCGGCAGAAUGCAACCCCCACACUUACCUACUAUUCCCGAAAUAGUGAUACCCCCGAUGGCUCUUCCUGCCAUAACCUUCAGAUCAAGAUUGCCAGCAACGACCGCCGCGGUCAAAUCAAGCAUUUUGGGUACGGAUUUCAACUAGGAACUCUUCCGCCAAUGGAACCGCGCCCAGCCAUGAACCCUACCACUAUGAACUCGCCAUGCAAUGUCCAAGUGCCGAUAUAUCAGGGGAGAUGAGGGAAGAAGCAUACAAAUACGUCCAGCACUCGCCUGCUCUGAGAUCCUCGUCAAGAAGCAAGCCGGAGUUCCCUUCCAACAACUUCGAUAUCAAACACCGUCAUACGGAGACUCCCAGCAAGUUGAUACUAUGUGGUCCCUUGAAGCUCUAUUCCUGGCUGGCCUUGCAUCAGGCCUGACCGUGGUUGAGCAUAAGCCCUUCAUGCGCAAGAACAUCGAUCCGAUUGUCUACCCCGGCCAAUACGUCUCCCACAUGCACUCCUUCUACGGCUCAGACGCCCUGACCAAAGACCUCCCUACAACAGCAGAACUACAAAAAGGAUGUCCCUCCGGAGAGAACCCAAACGAUCUUUCUGUCUACUGGGCACCAACCCUCUACUACGUCAACGGAAACACCCACACGGAAAUCUACCCUGCCACCUUCAAAACCUACUACGAAAACAUCGACCGCGCCGAGAUCCCCUUCCCCCGCGACCUCGUAAUGGUAGCAGGCAACGCCUCUGCCAAAUCCCAAACCGACGUCCAGGAAAACCUCAACAUGAUCACCUGGUGGUGCGACGGCAACGGCCCCGAAGAUCGCAACCGGCGUGACCGCGCAGCCCUCCCGCUGUCGACUUGCUCGGCCCAUCUACAGGCCAUCCUCCGGUUCCCGGACUGCGUCAACCCCGACAAGAUCUCCGAGUACACGUACGCCGCCGCCCAAGGGAACAAGUGCCCGGUUGGGAUGAAGAGGAUACCUAGCUUGCGGUUUUCGAUCAGAUAUAAUACCCGCGGGGCUAUUCCUCAGGGGUGGAACGGAGUGCCGCCUAUCAAGUUGGCUUGUGGGGAGAUUGGUGUUGGGUAUUGCUUCCAUGGCGACUUUAUAAACGGCUGGUAUGACGACGCGGCAAAGGCGAUGUUGCAGGCGAAGGGACAGUCUUUUAUGAGGAUUGAUGGUGCUCAUGGGAAUGGCAAGACCUACAGCAAGUGCAAGGCAAAGGACCAGGAUCCCAACAAUGGGACUAGUGACUAUCACAAGAGUUUGGAGAUGAUGGGCAAGGGUGGGCAUUCUUAGAUGUCAACAUUGAACUUCACCCCGUGGUGAAGUCUUUUGAACUCCUUCCUUGAUGACAGAGGGUAAACGGCGUUGAACCUCUGAAUAUUGAUGGUAGAAAAUUGACACGACAUUUGUGAAGUUGCACCAAACCACAUGGGACAAUGUUUGUGGGAAGGGAAGUGAAAUCUCAUUCUGCUUUUCUAAUCCAGACCAGUCUCCUUGAUUGUUUGGUCGAACACGUCAAUUUAAAAUCUACUUCUGUUUUUCAAUGCUAAGCCAGUCUCCUUGA